CUUCCCUUCAUGUUCGUACGCAGCCCGGGUGAGAACAGGAAGCGCUAGUUGAACAAACUGAGCUAGCUCGCUAGUUUUAGGUCAGGGUAGGGUUAGCUUGCCAUUUAACUCAGUAAAUCACAAUGGGGCUGUUCGGCAGGACACAAGAGAAACCACCGAAAGAGCUGAUCACCGAGUGGUCUCAGAAAAUCAGGAAGGAAAUGAGAGUGAUUGACAGACAAAUACGAGAUAUUCAAAGGGAGCAAGAAAAAGUUAAAAGAUCCAUCAAAGACGCUGCCAAAAAGGGCCAGAAGGAUGUGUGUGUUAUUCUCGCAAAGGAGAUGAUUCAGUCAAAACGAGCCGUCACAAAACUUUACGCUUCCAAAGCCCAAAUGAACUCUGUGCUACUCAGCAUGAAGAAUCAGCUCGCCGUACUGCGUGUCGCUGGAGCCCUGCAGAAGAGCACAGAGGUGAUGAAAGCCAUGCAGAACCUAGUCAAAAUCCCAGAGAUCCAGGCCACCAUGAGGGAACUAUCAAAGGAGAUGAUGAAGGCUGGCAUCAUUGAGGAAAUGCUGGAAGACACAUUUGAGAGCAUGGAAGAUGGAGAGGAGAUGGAGGAAGCAGCAGAGGAGGAAGUGGACAAGAUCCUCUUUGAGAUCACAGCAGGUGCCCUUGGCAAAGCGCCGAGCAAAGUCACAGAUGCUCUGCCUGAAAUGGAGCCCGCCGGAGCCACAGCAGCUUCGGACGAAGAGUCAGAGGAGGACAUUGAAGCGAUGCAGUCAAGACUGGCAGCUCUGAGGAGCUAAGGUGAACUGCCACUGUUCUGUCAGAGUCAGUUUGUUCACUCCAAUAAGGACAAUUCUGCUGCGGGUUUCACAGUACUGAGCAUCGUCUCCGCUUCAUAUAUAAUUAUUAUUUCACAUAAUCAGUCGAGGUUAACGUUGUGCUAUUGGCAGUUAAUGUCUUUAAAAGGUUUUCUUUUCAUAGAACGCUUGGUUUACUCAGCCAGAAGAGAGGGUGUUUCUGAUUUUUGUCUUUUUAUUAUCAGGGUAUCCCUAGGUAAGUCUUUAUUAUCCAAAAUCAAACAGGAGGUUUAAGAAAGUGUAUAUAAUGUAAGUAUGAAAAGCCUGCUGUGCCUACAGUGCUUCAUCAUCUUCUUCUGUCCUAAGUUAUGGACCGGUGGUGGGGGUACUAUGGUAUUUAUAAUCCAAACAAGGACUGAUAAUGAGAGCCACCCUGCACUUAAAUCACAUCUUAGAUCGCUUCACUUCAGCAGUUGUUCUAAUCUGUUUAGGGUACAUUUUUGUAAGCGACAGCUUUUCUGUUUACUGGCAACCAGCCCACAUUAUCUGAAACACUAGGGGUGAUGGGUGGUUUUCUCUUUUGAUAGUUCAUUUUCUGUACAGUUCGACAUGUAUGUAUUCUAUAUGUGGUCAUACACGUAAAGUACACUCGUCAAAAAAAAAUGCGCAUACUAUCCUAACCCAUUUUUUUGCAUUAACAUUCAGCUUGUUAAAUGUUAAAUGACUGAGUUUUCAGCAGUAAGAUGCAGAGGAAAUGGAAAAGGUUGGUUAGUGCAGAACAUAUGUAUUGUGGAAGUAUUGUGUGUAUAUUUUUUCUAUGUGGAUGGGAGUAAAAAGAUAAAGAAAUAAACUUUUAAGAACGA